ACCAGCACCUCAGGCUGUAUCACCAACACCUCCGUCAGCACCUCCACCUACAACUGUACCUCGUCCUCCAUCCGCACCUCCAACUGCACCACCCCCUCCAUCUGCUCCACCUCCUUCUGCACCUUCUCCUUUAACUGCUCCUCCUCCUCCUCCUCCUCCUCCUCCAUCUGCUCCACCUCCAUCUGCACCUUCUUCUCGAACUGCUCCUCCUCCACCGUCAGCUCCUCCUCUGACUGCACCACCUCCUCCAUCUGCUCCUCCUCCUCCACCUGCACCUCCUCCUCCACCUGCUCCCCCUCUGUCUGCUCCUCCUCCCCUCUGUCUGCUCCUCCUCCCCCUCUGUCUGCUCCUCCUCCCCCUCUGUCUGCUCCCCCUCCCCCUCUGCCUGCUCCUCCUCCCCCUCUGUCUGCUCCUCCACCUCCAUCUGUUCCAGCACCACAGGCCAUUCCUUCACCCCAGACAGUGCCGCCACCACCUCCGCCUCCUCCUCCACCACCUCCACCUCCACCUCCAGUGUCUGGCCCACAGUCUCUGCCAGUACCACGAGCUUCACAGAUAUCACAGUCUGUGGCACUGCCACAGGUUGUGCCAGUAUCACAGAUUAUGCAGCUGGCACAUGUUGUACAUUUGCCACCACCACCACCACCACCUCCUCCCCCCCCACCCCCUGUGUCAAUGCCACAAGUCAUUCCAGUCUCACAGGCUGUGCAGAUGUCACAGGGUGUGCCAGUGUCCCAGGCUAUGCAGGUACCACGAGGGAUGCCUCUGCCACAUAUUAUGCGAAUGCCUCAAACUAUAUCGAUGCAGCAUGCUGUGUCAUUACCUCAUGCUCUUCCAGUACCACAGAAUAUGCCAAUGCCACAUGGGCUUCCAGUGCCACACUCUUUGCCUUUGCCGCAAGCAGUACCUGAAUCACCAGGCAUGUCAGUGGCUCUUGCAGUAUCGAUGCCACCGGGACCCCCAUUGUCAAUCAUGAGGCCUAUCAUAGCAACCAACACUUACCGGCAGGUACAACAGACGCUAGAUGCACAGGCAGCUGCUGCUUCUACUGUGUUAACGCCCAUUAUUCCUCCACCAGUGCCAUUUGUUGGUCCAGCGGUCCCUCCACCAAGACCAGCAGUUCUUAGACCAGCUUUUGUUCCACACGUUUUACAAAGACCAGGUGGCCCUCGUCCUCCUCCAAUGCGACCUCAGUUGCCACAACAAAUGAUGGUUCCACCUCCUCCACCUCCAAUGAUGAUGGCUCCUCCUAUACCAGGCUUACCAGGUCCACCAAUGCCUCCCAUAGGACCCAUUGGACCUGUGCCUCCUGUGGGUCCUCCAGUGACCCCAAUGAUGUCUCUUCCACGACCCAUCAUCCAACCUGCACCAAAGCUGACCACAUCGGUUAUCCAGGCUGCACCAACUGUGUACUCUGCACCACCUAUGAAGAAGAAUGAGGAAGACUCUGAGAUGCAAGCAACUUCAGAAGAGCUAACUGGUCUUGGAGAAGAUGAUUCUGUGAUUGGGCCUAGCAUGCCGGAAGUGGAGGGAGCACAUACUGAGGGUGCUGAAGGGGCCACAGAUGACAAAAAGAAGAGUAAACAGGAGAAAGCAAAACGCUGUAUCCGCACAGCAGCUGGAACAACAUGGGAAGACCCUAGUUUGCUUGAAUGGGAUUCUGAUGAUUUCCGUAUUUUCUGUGGUGACCUGGGAAAUGAGGUGAAUGACGACAUCUUGGCACGUGCUUUCAGCCGUUACCCUUCUUACUUAAAAGCAAAAGUGAUCCGGGACAAAAGGACGGGGAAGACAAAGGGUUAUGGGUUUGUCAGUUUCAAGGAUCCUAAUGAUUAUGUGAGAGCAAUGAGAGAAAUGAAUGGGAAGUAUGUGGGAAGCCGACCCAUCAAAUUACGAAAGAGUAUGUGGAAGGACCGAAAUAUGGAAAUUGUACGAAAGAAACAGAAGGAAAAGAAGAAACUGGGAUUGAGAUAACUGGGAGGAAGGGCGUGUGUGUGUGUGUGUGUGUGUGUGUGUGUGUGUGUGUGUGUGUGUGUGUGUGUGUGUGUGUGUG